AACAAGCCUAAGCACCAGGACAGGCACAAGCUACUGCACCAUCACAUCAGCAACAGCACCAGCUCCAGCAGUAGCAUCAGCACCAGCACCAGCACCAGCCUAAGCCUCGGCACCAACACUAGCACUAGUACAAGAACCAGCACAAGCACCUGUACCAGCACCAGCACCAGCACCAGCACCAGCAGCAGCACCAACACCAGCACCAGCAACAGCACCAGCAUCCGGACAAGCUACAGUAACAGCACCAGCACCAGCUCUAGCACUAGUACAGGCACCAGCACAUGCACUAGCACAUGCACUAGCACCUGCACCUGCACCAGCACAGGCACCAGCACCAGCACCAGCACUAGCAACAGCACCACCACCAGCACCAGAAACAGCCUAAGCACCAGGACAGGCAGCAGCAGUAGCACCAACAAACCCGCACCAGCACCAGCACCAGCACCAGCUCCAGCACCAAUUCCAGCAAAAGCACCAGCACCAGCAACAGCACCAGCACCAGCAUCAGCCCCGGCCCAAGAAAAAGAACCAAGAACAGCACAAGAACCGGUAUGAGCACCAGCACAAGCUACAGCACCAGCUCAAGCAUCAGCACCAGCACCAGCACUAGCACCAGCACCACCACCAGCACCACCACCACCACCAGCACCACCAAUACAAACAGAACCAGCACUAAAACCACCACCUGCACUAAA